CUUGCCUCCAGCAAGGAGCCGGCGAGUGCCAACAACAGCCAGCGCCCGCGGCGGAGGCGGCUUCGGGACAUGCACAAUCGGGGAAAGGAGCGGAGGGAGGAGGAAGCCUGAAGCUGCAGUCGGAGAGACAAGUUAAUGACAUUCCUGUCUCCGACCUACCUCACAGGGUUCUUGGGAAGGCUGCGGAGUUGACGCGCGCGCGCGCUUUGCGCUGAGAACAUUCUAAAACGGCGUUUGAACGGGAAAGGGGCCGGAGGUCAGUGUCAGAGCGGCGUCGUGGCAGACAGAAGGUCUCAGGUUCAACCACCAGCAUCUCCCCUGCCGGGCUGAUGGGAAUUGCAGUCCAAAACAUCUGGAGGGCACCAGGUUAGGGAAGCCUGAUCUAAGGCACGCAGACACGCAGACCCAUCUCUCUGGGAAGAACUGCAAAGCCCAGAAGGGCACCCCACUGGUGUAACUCAGUUUAUUCAGUUGGUCUCCAGUUCUCAAACUUGUGUGCCAGAAGAGAACUGUAAAUCAAAACAGGUUAAACAACAAAAGGUUCCUGGGAAUCCCGGGAAUAACGAAAAGGCUGUCCGGUACGUUGCUGCUGUAGGCUGACAUUCAGUCUGCGUCUGCUAGGGCUAGGUAACUCUGCUGGGUCCCUGAACCAGGAAUAUCUCUCUCAUUCAAUACCUCCUGGUGCAGGAACAAAGCAGGUUUGCUUGCUCUAAGAGGUGGGUGUCUAUUGUGUCUCUGUACAAGUCACUGCUCUGGGCUGACCUCCUUCAAAUCAGGGGCAGAUGUUCAAAACAGCAACUUAUUAUUUUUUGUUUUACUGUUUUGUUUUAACUUUUAUUGUCAUUUUUCAUAACAGAAGGGUUGCAGACAUAAGCAAAUGCAAAAUGCAGCAAAAACGAUGGUAAAAAUAAGGAUACUGAAGAACGGGAGGGGGAAACAACAUAGUGUGCAAUGCAGCAUAGAACAACUAUUGCAUGUAGUAGAGUCAAUUUAGUGCUCAAUAAAUUUAGUUCUCUGCAUGUUUACCUGUAAAACAGGAAGUUCAGUGGGCUGUGCCAGUCAAGUUUACAUAAGAGAAUAAACAUCCCACAUUGAAUAGAAGUGAUCUAUUUUAGAUGCACCAUUAAAGACUCUGUUGGUGUGUCCGAAUUUCUAACAGUACAAUGUCCCAUACCUUUCCUUGACACUCCUCUCAGGAAGGAGGUAAGUGGAUGAGACUGGCUAAUUCUUAUACAAACCAUUCUGGGCAUCAGUUUCUGACCUGCCUAUGUUUGAAGGAGUUGAUAUGCAACCCUGGCCCUUGUGCCAAGGUUAUAUUCCCUACAUCCCCCCAUCCUGAAGAAUAGGAAGUUUUUCUUGCCCUGUGUCACCAGAUACCUACCUACACACAUGCACAUGUCCUCGCCCCCUUCCACUUGGAGAGGGCCAAUGAAACCUGGAGACUCCGGGUCAGACCCAAAGACCUGGCAAACCUAAACCCCAGACCACUCUAGAUAGGGAGCCACAGUACAUUCUAUAAAUGUCCGUCCCCCCCAAUCUCAGCUUAGAAAUGUGCAUGAUCCUCCAUGCUAGAAAAGCCACCACCACUUCUAGAAUCCUGUCUCUCCCAAUAGUGCAAGCAAGCAAAGGUUAACAUCAGCUGCAGGAGCCCCUUAUUCCAACGUCCAUCAAGCUAGCCUUUGCGUUUAAUGACGAGGAGGAAAUCUGAAGUCACUUGGGCCACUGUUUUAUGCUAGCCAAGAGGAGGCUUCUGUCCCCUCGGUCUUUUCAUGGCAUCACAGUUGAUGCAUUGCCGCAUUAUGUUUACAAUCGACUCACUAGGGUUUAUGGCACCUGAUUGUCAGUCAGUCUUUUCUGGACUGGAGGUCUGUUUCUGCUGUAUCAUUACAACCAUAUUGACUUACUGUUUGGGGAUCAGGGGCUGCAGAGUUAGAUUGUGAUAUAUCUUUCCCACUCUCCCUUUAAACACACACACACACACACACACACACACACACACACACACACAUACAUCUUGCAACUGAGCUCUUCUAUGGCAAGAUAGCUUCGGGUGUCCGCAAAUGGAUAAGCACCAAUAAUCGAACCACCUGGGAAGUCGUUAGUGUUAAGAUCAAGCUUCUCCAUCAAAUGAGAAGAUGGGUGGGAUAUGAAGCAAACACAUAUUAAGUAUUUUAGAAGAUUGCAAUCUGCUGACUGUAUAUUCAGAAGUUACGGGAGGUAACCUGGCAUGUGGGGGAAAGGGGAAAAAACUUAUUCCACAUUCUUUAUCAUUUCGGUCACACUCUAGCAUGACCAACAGACAAAACUCAGGAUGGGGCUGUUUGUUAUCCUUAUUUGUUGUUAUACUUCCACCCCACUUUUCCUCCAAGAAGUUCGGCAGUGUACACAGUUACCCCCUUUUACCCUCACAACAACCCUGCAAGGUAGGCUAAUAAUUUUAUUAUUUUGUAUGCUACCCAUCUGCCUGGGGUGCCCCAGCCACUCUAGGUGGCUUCCAGAAAAAUAUAAAAACACAAUAAAUAUUAAAUACUUCCCUAUACAGAGCUGCCUUCAGAUGUCUUUUAAGAUAGCUGCUUAUUUCCUUCACAUCUGAAGGGAGGGCGUUCCACAGGGUGGGUGCCACUACCGAGAAGGCCCUCUGUCUGGUUCCCUGUAACCUCACUUCUCGCACUGAGGGAACCUUAGUGUCUGGGCUGAACGAUGGGGGUGGAGACACUCCUUCAGGCAUAAUGGGCCAAGGCCGUUUAGGGCUUUAAAGGUCAGCACCAACACUUUAAAUUGUGCUUGGAAAUGUACUGACUCCAUUUUGGAAACCUAUUUUGUAUUUUGUAACUAAGUAUUAUUACCCGCAUACCACUUUGAAGUAUUUGCUGCCUGCAUUGAAAUGUAAGUAAACCUUUUUGUUUUUACUAAAACAUGUGGUUCAAUCUUAACAAAGGGGACAGAGAGGAAAGAAUGCUCAGCAAACCAAAAAUAAACAGAGAUAAUAGGUGUAAUUGUCAAAUCCUUAUCUUCCAGUAAGUUGCAAAAGCACAUAAGUGUUUUUACCCUGCUAAAAAGGCUUCAUAGCCUGUUUACUCUCAUAUUUCUUCCACACACAUGGGACAAGGGGUUUAAAUUUUAAUUUACGGAUUUAAUCCCCAAUCCAUCCCCAUCAGGGUUACUGUAGGGAUUAAAUGAGAUGGGGAAGUAUCAUGCAUGCUAUCUUGAGUUCCUUUUGUGGGGAAGGGGGAAUAUAGGCUAUAAUAAUUCAAUGAACAAAUAGAUAAUAAAAAGUACUAGGUCUAAUUCCAUUCAGAUAGUGCAAGAGGACAAUGCAGGUGUCAACAUAUAUGCAGGUAAUUAUGUAAGGAAAUAGCGAUCACAACUAUAAGGCAUGUACUGGCUUUAUAAAAGCCUGUUUGUUUGUUUGUUUGUUUGUUUGUUUCAUUUCUAUACCACUUAAUAUUUUUAAGAAAAAUCUCAAAGCGGAUUACAGAAUAUUAAAACAUCAAUAAAACAAUCUGAGGAAAGUAAAAUUUAGAGUAUACAGUCAAAACAACAUAAUUAACAGAAAACUAAAAUAUCUUGAAGAUUUCAAAAUAAAACUACAAAGGAGGUCAACUACAGAAUAUAUAUUUAACACAAAGUUAACAAAAAAAAUCUUAAACAUUUCAAAAGAAAGCAUUGCUAAGGAAAGUCAAAUAUAAAAUGCACAUUUAAAACAGCAUAAUUAACAAUAGAAUAAAAUAUUAUAAGCAUGACAUGGCUGUUAGGCAGGCACAAAAAGAUGGGGCAAAAGAAUCCAAUAGUUGUUGUCAGGCAUAGUGAUGUCCCUCUGGUCUCACAGGAGCCUCUUUAGUAGAGCUGGUGAGUCUGGGCCCCACCCGCUAAGCCAGAUGGAAAGGGCCUUGCAGGGCGAAGAGAUUGAACAAAUGUCUCCUUGUUUCUUCCAAAUCCUAGGAGCAGGGGAAAAUGAAUGAAAUCAAGGAGAGCCUGCGGAACAUCGAACAGACUUACAAGAUCUUCCAGCAACAGCAGUUCACCUUCAUUACUGCACUGGAACACACCCGAGAGAAUGCCCAUGACAAAAUCAAGCCUGUGUCAAGCAUCGGACAGGUAUGGAGAGAUCCCAGAACUAGGGGAUAAGGGAGAAAUCCAGUUCAGGCCAUAGCUCAGUGGUAAAGCAUCUGCUUUGGUUACAGAAGGUCUCAGGUUCAAUCUGCCAUGGCAUCUCCAGGUAGGGCUGGGAGAGAUUCCUCCCUGAAACCUUGGAGAGUCGCUGCCAGUCAGUAUAGAUAGUGAUGAACCAAGGGCCUGACUCUGUGUAAGGCAGCUUCCUAGGUUUCUCUGUGUUUACAGGUGACUCUACUUAAUGCAUACUUUCCAGUGCAAUUUUGGAAAACCAAAAUGCAGCCUCCCUUCGAAAUCUGUGCUUCUCUGAAUUGUGUGACGCAGGUCCAAAAAUGUGCCAAUAAAUUAUGAACAUAACUAGGGUGAAGAGUGCAUAAAUGUCAUUAUAUAAAUGAAAAGUGCAUGCAAAAUGCAUCACAUUAGAGGAAAUUCAUAUAUUUAGACAAAAUUGCAUAUAUAUUAGGAAAAAUUUGCACUAAAAUGCUUAUGAAUUUUCAUGAGGAAAAGUCGCAAACUGAUGCUGAGACAGAUACACUGAAAUGGACAGAUUCGCCCAUCCCUAGUUUUUUUCUCUUCCCCCUGAUUUCCCCUCCCCCUAUUAAUAUUUAUUAAAUUUUAAAACACAUAAAAAGAAAAAAGAAAAAAUUACAGCUGUCAAAACAAAAAAACCAAUAAAUCAAGACUUCCGUAGUGUAUACCAUUUCUAAAACAUAUCCAUUAUGGAUGUUUGAGUGCAAAAUAAAUUACAAGGUUUUAACAUAAAGAUUCAAACAUUGUUUGCUUUUUUAGUUAAUCAUGUAAGAAGGAAAGGAGAGCCUGUGUCAACCAACCCUUCCUAUUUAUCUUUCCUGGAUUGGGGGGGGGAGGGGGGAGGACUUAUACAAACAUAAAAUAAAGACCCAAACCAAUGGACCCAAAUUACAAAAUAGGAGAUUUAAACUAAACAUUAGGAAGAACUUUCUAAUGGUAAGGGUUGUGGAAAAGACUCACUUGGGAGCUGGUGGAUUCUCCUUCCUUGGAGGUUUUUAAGCAGAGGUUGGAUGGCCAUCUGUCAGGGAUGCUUUAGUUGAGAUUUCUGCAUUGCAGGAGGCUGGACUAGAUGAAACUUCGGGCUCCUUUCCAACUCUACAAUUCUGAUUCUAGGAACAAACAUAGUAUGCUAACUAAAACAAAACAUAGACUUGGUGUCUACCCACAAACUCUAGCAUUACAAUCAUGGGUAGGGAAACAAAGGCCCCGGUGCCGGAUCUGGCCCAAUCGCCUUCUAAAUCCGGCCCAUGGAUGGUCUGGGAAUCAGCGUAUUUUUACGUGAGUAGAAUGUGCCCUUUUAGUUAAAAUGCAUCUCUGGGUUAUUUGUGUGGCAUAGAAAGUCAUUCAUUUAUUAUUAUUUUUCAAAAUAUAGUCCGGCCUCCCACAAGGUCUGAGGGACAGUGGACCGGCCCCCUGCUGAAAAAGUUUGCUGACCCCUGAUUACAAUGAAAGCAAGAGAGUUGAAAACAGUUUCACAUCUUCACAGUGAAAAUUAUAAACCCUAUGUGCUAUUUUCUUCUCAACAACCAUAGUUUUCAAACCAGCAACCAACAGUAGUGUUUGGGAACCGUAUCCAGCAACAUAGAUUUUGGGUUCACUUAUCCUUGAGUGCAAUUAAUAACUCCUUUGGCCCAUUGAAAGGAAUGCAGUUAAUCCAUCAUAACCAUCUCUUUUUCAUAGAUGAUCGAGGACAUACUGUCCUUCGCUGCUCCUUGGUAAAUCUGGAAUCCAUAAUGUAUUAUAGCAACAGCCUUUUCCCAUCUCUCUCUCUCUCUCUCUCUCUCUCUCUCUCUCUGACACACACACCACUUUCCCUCACCCCACAGUGUGCGUCCCCAUGGUGUAACUAUAACUUUGGAAACUGCCUAUUAAAAAUAAUGGCUAUGUGUCAAAAGUGGAAUGAUGAAUGAAGACCCUGCCUCUCCCUCCUUGGGGGACACACAGAUUCUUUCUGAGUUGUACUAACGUGGAAAAAUGUGUCAGCUCUUAAGUGAUCAGUCUUGGAAUAUUUCUCUUUUAAAAAUAAAUAAAUAAAACAGCCUCAUUUUUCACACUUCCAUUUCGCAAUAACAUUUAGACCUGGGGAAGGGGAGUCACAUAAUAAGCUUUCCACUUGAACAACAUGCUUUUUUAAAAGCAGGCUGAUCUCUUGCUAGUCAUUUCAAAGUUAUCCCUUUCCCAAGGGAAGCCUUUACAAUGUUUACAGAGUAGUCUUUAAAAAAAAAAAGAGGAAAGUGCUACGGAGCCCUUUAUUCUCUUUGUGAUAAUCUGCUUAUUUACAAAUGUACAGUUAAGGCAGAAGUGCAGAAACAAGCAGACAGGAGGUACCAAGCAACAGCAUAUUGUUCCCUGCACCCCAACCAAAUCCAAAUAUUUGUUUCUUUCUGGGUCGCCAUGUAUAUUUGUCCCCUCCUACCUGCUCAAAUCCAUUUUUUUCUUCGCCUUCCAUCGCUCCAUGUAUACUCAUACUCUAGAUGUCCACAACUUGGAAAGGUAAUUUUUUGAAAACCAAGUAGUUCUUGUUCAGGUGUGGCACGUCCAAACAGGAACUAAUUUCUGUUCAUCUUCAUCCCUUUGCAAAACAAGCAAGCUCAGUUCAAGUUCAUCCAAAUGAUCUUCGGCAGAAAGAAGAAGAAACGAUAUUCAGAAUGUUGCAAGCUGAUCUGCCAAAGUAUUAAAUAUACUUAAGACUAAGAAAAAAAUUAAAACACACGCAUACAGUGGAAUGUGAACGGCUUAUUUCCCUCCAAAAUUAUUAUAUUUUUAAGUUAAAGGCCGAAUGAGUCUAAGAAGUUAAAAACACAUGGUCCGUCUAGCUCCCCACAGACUGGCAGCAGCCCUCCAGGGUUUCAGACAGUCAGCCUCUUCCAGCCCUACCUAGAGAUGCUGGGGACUGAACCUUUGCUCGGUUGCUUCAAGUCAUUUGCAGCAGAGGCUGAAUUAAACAGGGAUAUUAGAAGCUGCCUUUUCACUGAAUCAUGUUUUUGGUCCAUCUUGUUCAGUAUUGCCUACAGUGACUGGCAGUGGCUCUCUAGGGUUCCCAGCCCUGCCUGGAGAUGCCAAAGAUUGAACCCAGGACCUUCUGCAUGCAAAGCAGGUGAGCCACAGCCCUUCCCAGGUUGCAGAAGACUGGCCUAACAUGUAAUACAUAUGUACUUAAGUCACAGGUAGCCAAAGUAGCGCCAUCCAAAUGUUAUUGACUACAUUCCCAUCAGCCCCACCCACCCAUCCCAGCCAGCAUGGUAAGUGAUCAGGGAGCUAGCCCUGAACGUGGAUGAUGGGAAUUGUAGUCCAACAUCAUCUGGCGACCCAAGGUUGGGGAAAGUCUGCCUUAAAGUGCUGCUUCUCUCUGUCCUUUCAACUCCCCACUUGUAAGUUGGGCCACAUACACACACUCACAGGCCUACUAAGCCGGGCUGUCGUAAUAAGGUUCCCCAAGAUAAAUAAGGUACUUCAGACAAGCACUUUGUAGUAGUAGUAAAGCACAGGUGUGAGGAAUCAGCUAAAGAUUCUUUAACAACCAGGAAUGGUCAAAGGUUCAAGCAUCUGCCUUCCACCUUUUGGGAAGGAACGGGCAUCCUCAGAGACCCUCCAGCAAGUAACAUGCACAGUUAUUUUGAUCUAUUCCUUCCAUUAGGGAAUGUACGUGGCAACAGCUCUCCAUCUUGGCGGUGUGGCCGAGCUCAAAAUCUGGUGGGGCCACUUAAAAAGGAAGGAGGAGGGGAGUUCACUCAGACCUGCCUGGGCAACCUUGGCCCUUUUCCGCUGAGUCUGUCAUCCCGGGACUCAAUUAAGCAGAGCCACUGCGAGUGGCUUCUGUUGCGCAGUGAGCUUGCCUGUCCACUAACGGCUGACCCGAGACUGCCAAGCAGCCAAUUGAGGAUACAGAUUUGCAGCAGGUGACCGGCCUGAACCGGAUUGAAGCCAGCAACCUCUGCACCCCAUUAUCUUUUCCCUGCAACAACCCUCCCACCCCACCCUGUUUGCAUUCUCUUGCGUGGAAAAGGCAAAGUAACAAAAAAAUAUAAGCACAAGAGGUGACAGUAUUUGUCUCCAAACGAUUGUCAGGACUAGGAAAUAACUCCUUUUUGCAGGUUCAAUGUCCUAGUUCCUGGUAGUUGUCCUGGAUUUAGGUAGAACUGUAUAACUCUCUUUUAUUGUUUUUUUGAGGAUCAUUUUAUCCAAGGCACCUAGAUUAUUUUGCUUAUUUAGAAGCAUUUAUAUACAGCUUAGGAACAUAGGAAGCUGCCUUAGUACUGAGCUAGAUGGGCCAAUAGGUCUGAUUCAGUAUGUCUACAAUGACUGGCAGCAGCUCUCUGGGGUUUCAGGCAGGAGUUUCUCCCAGACCUACCGUAUUUUUUGCUCUAUAAGACUCACUUUUUCCCUCCUAAAAAGUAAGGGGAAAUGUGUGUGCGUCUUAUGGAGUGAAUGCAGGCUGCACAGCUAUCGCAGAAGCCAGAACAGCAAGAGGGAUUGCUGCUUUCACUGCACAGCGAUCCCGCUUGCUGUUCUGGCUUCUGAGAUUCAGAAUAUUUUUUUUCUUGUUUUCGUCCUCCAAUAACUAGGUGUGUCUUUUGGUCUGGUGCGUCUUAUAGAGCGAAAAAUAUGGUACUUAGAGAAGCUAUUGAUUAUUGAACCAGGGGCUUUCUGCAUGACAAAGCAGAUGCUCUGUCACUGAGCUACAGUCCUUCCCCAAAGCUUAAUUGUUCAAAAAUCUCUAAGCAAUGCAUACACUAAUAUAGAUAUAUCAUUCAAACACAAACCAAAACCAGAAAAACUGCAAGCUUCUUUGGAGAGACGAAGGAUCUCUGGCUGCAGCCAUCAUGCAUACAGUGGAAGAGAAGGCUGGGUUAAGCCCCAUCCAAACAAGGAAGGAGAUGAAUCACACAAACUUUGGCUGUGUGUUCCAGGAACGUUUCCCAAAGCCCAUUAGGACAGGGGUAUGGAACUCAGGCCUGGAGGCCAGGUGUGCCCCCUAGGCCACUCUAUCUGCCCCUUGGACACCCCCCCCCCGAGCAUGCUCCCCGAUAGCCCUGCUUUGCAUCCUCCUUGAAUGCUUUCGCCUGGCCAUAAAAGCAUCCUUUUACUCUGAACCUAAGCCUCUUGCCUACCUAGUCUCACGCUCAAUUAAGACUACAUAGAACCUUUAUUCUCAAUAAUGAUGGAACUCACAGGUGGAGAAUACCUUUCUUCUCUAUAUAUCUUUAUUAUUUGUAAAGGGAAUAUUUGUAUAAGUGAAAACUUUACUAUCCAUUUGGAGUUGCGCUGUGUCUUUGUACUUUUGUCCUUGGAGGCUGUGAUGAUUUAUGGUUUUACACUUUUGACUUUGUUUUCUUUCCAUUUUAUUAACUUUGCACUUGUUUUUUCCAUUAACAUUUUUUUGGGGGAAAAAAAGAGCUGCUGAUUCUGAAAUUCAUAUAGACUUCCACCAUGUUAGUUCCGGCCCUGCCCUUGCCAGUUGGUAUAACUCGCCUUCCUUCCCCCUUGUGUGUCCGGCAGGUGCAGACCUACACGGACCAUUACUGCAACAACUCCACUGACAAACGUAUCCUGCUCCUGUUCCUCAGCAUCUGCAGCGACUUGAACAAACUUUGCCAACGGCUGGAAUCCCUACACCCUGGUAACAGUGUCACCAAUGCCCUCUUGGACAAGUGCAAAACGUUGGUGAGCCACAGCAAUGACCUCAGUGGGAUCAGAGCCAAGUAGGUAUUUAUUUGUAGAGCAUGGGCUGACUGGGGCUGGUGGGGACUGUUACCCAAAACAUCUGGAGGGAGCCAAGUUGGCUAAUGCCAUCAUAGCAACAUAGGAAACUGCCAUAUGUCUUGUCCUUCAUCUGAAAACAAAGCAACAUUCCAGUCCCCAUUAUUCUGAAUAGCAGCAUAAAAAGCUGCUAUAAACCAAGUCAGACCCAUUCAUCCAUCUAUCUCAGUAUUGUAUACACUCGCAGGCAGUGGCAGCCCACGAUUUUGGGCAGGAAACAUUCCCAGCCCUAGCUAGAGAUGGCAAAGACUGAACCUAUGGCCCUCUGUAUGAAAAGCUGGUGCUCCACUACUGAGCUGUAAGUGCUCCUGAUGAACACAUGAAGAUGCUUUAUACAGAGCCAGACCUUGAUCCAUCUAGCUCAGUAUUGUCUACACUGAUGCACAGAGGUUCCUCAGGUUUCAGAUAAGAGUAUAUCCCAGCCCUUCCUGGAGAUGUCAGGAAUUGUACCUGGGAUCGUCUGCAUGCAAAGCAAGAUGUUCUGUCACCGAGUUGUGGCAUUUUCCCUGAAAGCCAGGAUUCCAGUCCUGAUGGUUCUGAAUUAAAGGAUGAUUUAAAUAGGCAUGUAGGGAGCUGCUUUCUGCUGAAUCUCCAUCUAGCUCAGAAUUGUCUACACCAGAGCUUUCCAGACUUUUCAGGUUGGUGACAAACCUUUUAGACACGCAUCAUUUCACGACACAGUAAUUCAGUUUUACUAGCAAACCGGAGGUUAAACUAACCCCUUUCCAGCCCCAGGAGGAGGGCGAGGAGUGUUCACAUGACACACCUACACACUGCAGCCGACACACAGUUUGGAAAGCUCUGGUCUACACUGACUAGCAGCUCCUCUCCAGGGUUUCAGAAAGGAUGCCUUCCCCAGCCCUAGCUAGAAAUGUCAGUGGGGAUUGAACCCGGGACUUCCUGCAUGCAGAACAGAUGCUUUACCAUUGAACUACAGCCCUUCCCCCAUAAUUAAAUAAGAUUCCAGUGCUCCUGGUUCUAAAUAAAAAGAUCAUGUAAAUAAGAAGUUGUCUGCCGAGUCAGAUCAUUGUUCCAUAUAGCUCAGUCUGUACUGACUGGCUGAAGCUCUUCAGCUUUUCAGCCAGAGAUCUCUCCUGCCUCUACCUGGAGACACCAGGAAUUAAACCUGUGAACUUCUGCCCAUAACUGCCCUACAGCCCUUCCCCAUUAUAUAAGAACAUAGGAAGCUGCCUUACAUUGAGUCAGACCAUUGGGGUCCGUCUAGCUCAGUACUGUCUACACCAGCAUCUUUUAACCUUGGGUCCCAGAUGAUGUUGGACUAAAACUCCUAUCAUCCCUGACCAUUGGUCAUGCUAGCUAGGAAUGAUGAGAGGUAUAGUUCAACAACAUCUGGGAACCUAAGGUUGAGAAAGGCUGGUCUAUACUGACUGGCAGUGGCUGUGUGGUGCUCCAUAUAGGCAGCUCUCCCAGAACUACCUGAAGAGCUUCACUCAGAGAUCUAACUUUGAGACACAUGGAGGAAGAGGCGUAUCACACAGAAGGGGCCUGGCUUUCCCCUAUUCCGACCUGUUGUCAAUCCAAGGAGGAAGGCCUACAAAUAGUUGAAGGGGGGGAUUGUUCUGUAACCGCCACAGUAGAGUAGUGGAAAAUUUAAAAGUGCAGGAUCCCUUCAUGCAGGAUCCCCUUUUGAGAUUAUGAAAUUAUCUUGUAAAAUUAUAUAAUAAUGAUGAUGAUGAUGAUGAUGAUGAUGAUGAUGCAGGAUGCAUUCCAACAGUCGGUGCAGAUUUCCAUGUUUUCUGUACAUGAACACAGCCAAAUGAUUUUGAGUGCUUCAAUAUCUUAUUUUGGAAUGACUUAAGUUGUGUUUUUAUUGACAUUCCAUUGUACAUAACAGAACUAGCACACCCUUCUCUUAAAAGUGAGGAACCUUUUCCCAGUGCUCCUAAAUGCUCAGCUUUUAGGACAACUCCUUGGUGUCCUUCCAGUGCAUCUUAUCCAGAGGGACCCUAGGAGACCAUCCUCAGCAGCUGACUCACCUCCUUUCACUCUGAUUGGCCUCCAAUCAGCAGCACAAAGAGGCUUUUUAUCAGUGCCAGAAAAGUUCCCCUUUUAUGCUGAUUGGAUAGCUCUAGAAUGCUGAAGACAAGGACUGUUGCAGAAAUAUAAUGGGAAGCCAAUACAAGAGGGUCAGAAGGUGACCCAGGGCCUGACUAUAUUGCAUGUAUUUUUGUCUUGGUUGUAUCAUUAUUUAUCCAUUGUUUCUGACAUCCAUUGAAAAACCGCUUGCAAACUUAUGCUUGUGAACCAAGCAUUCCCAUUUAUUUCUGACUCUGUAUGAACAUUAGCUUCUGUGCAUUGACAGUAGGACAACAAAGCCUCAUCUUAUUAUGCACAGUCACCUCUGUAUGUUUUCAUAAGUGAAUUCUGUGUGAAUACAACAAAGUUGUCGCGUGAUGCACAUCAUGUUGCCUUACAUGUACAAGUUCAACAUUUAAAGUAUUUGGUUAAUUCAGCUGAGAUCACAUGGGUGCUUCUAUUACUGAUAUUAGCUGUUGGGACCUUAAUGUUCUCAGCUGGCACAUGAAUAUUAUACAGUGGUACCUCGGGUUGAGUACUUAAUUCGUUCUGGAGGUCCAUUCUUAACCUGAAACUGUUCUUAACCUGAAGCACCACUUUAGCUAAUGGGGCCUCCCGCUGCUGCCUCGCUGCCGGAGCACGAUUUCUGUUCUCAUCCUGAAGCAAAGUUCUUAACCUGAGGUACUAUUUCUGGGUUAGCGGAGUCUGUAACCUGAGGCGUAUGUAACCCGAGGUACCACUGUAUUUAUUAUUAGCACACACAUGAGAUCACACAUUUAUUUUUAUAUCCCUUGUAAAGAUUUUUAGCCACUCUGCCCUCGCUGGAGGCUGUGCAAUAAACAAACAAACAAACAAACAAACAAACAAACAAACAAACACCAGGGCCCAACGCUGCUCUCAGUGGCCCUGCCCACGACCCCAAACCACUGAACUGCCAUUGACUGUACCAAUGCCUUUUGGCCUUCUCCUCCCCGCCACCCCCAAAUGUCCAACAGGUACCCUCACGAUGUUGUGAACCACCUCAGCUGCGAUGAAGCCCGGAACCAUUACGGCGGUGUGGUGAGCCUCAUCCCCAUCGUCCUCGACAGCAUGAAGGAGUGGGUGGCUCACACUGAGAAGCUCCCGCGGAACAUGUUACACAGUGUGAGUGCCCGGAAGGCCGCCGUCUACAACCAGGCAGAGCUGCCCAUUCGCCGUGUGGGCGACCGCGACCACUUAGGCCAGCCCGCUUUCAUCACCGAGGGCACUCAGACCUACAUUAGCUUGACAGAAAAGGCCAGGGAGAGGGAGGACAGGAGGGUUAAGCUAAAGCAACUGGGUGGCCUAGGCAGGGCCAUCCGAAAGUUUCUCGACGGGCCCUGGAGACCGCCUGGCAAACACGCAUUUUAAAAAAAGAGAGAGAGAGUAAAGACCAAAAAAAGAAAAAGAAAGCAGCCUGCUCGCUUAGCAUCCGGCGAUUAAAACAGUCUCCCUAUAUUUGCUUCAGUUAUGCCCUUUCCUGAGGGGGAAAAGAAAGAGAUACAUCUGCUUUGGUAGCGACAAGCAUGAUCUAUCUUAUCCCUUUCUUGGAGCAGGUCACCCUCAGAUGAAGAUACUUUAGCCUACUCAACAGUGUUCAAGUAACCCCAGUUUUAGAGCAGACCAGGCCUACAGAAUUAAUGGCCUACUGUGGUGAAAUUAGGCCGCCACCAAAUACUGGUGUGGUGUCCGCCAGGCACCUUAAUGAUACCUCAAGUUGUGGGGAGGCAGGGGAAGGUUUAGUGGGCCACCAUAUCAGAUCACAGGGUUUUGAUUCACCUUGACAGCUGCCCCUCUUCUGCACUUCUUAUAGGCUUGAGUGUUACAUGUCCGCCCAGUGUGAACCUCUGGCCAAAUCAUGACUCUAACAUGGGUUACUUAUUUAGCUGGGGAAAGAGGUGGUAAAACAACCAGAGAAAGGAGGAUCCAUCUACACAUUUUUGAGAGGGUGGAAAUACCCUUAAAAAGAAACAAAAAACUUGUACACCCACUUAGAGCUCACUACUAUCUGGCACCAGUUAAACCAGGAUACACUGAGUUUCUGGAAGCACUGAAUUUGGUUGAGUAAAGCUUUUUGACACAUAGAAGGAAAAGCACAGGGCAGGAGAGGAGUAUUUUUGUACUUAAGUAAGAUUCCAGGUCACCUCAGGAGACUUGGACCACUUUUCAAGGCAGAAUUGCACUUUAAAAAUUUUUUUAAAGCACCUCUGGAAAAAUGAGGGCUUGACUUCUCACAGAAACAUAAAAAAGAGGAAAAAAAACACAUUUCCAGCAUGCCAGGCUCUCUCUCCCUCUUGCAAACUCACACCAACUUCUGCCAGGGGUGGGGUAGGGAAUAUCCAUUGUUUUCAAGAAAUGGAGCAUUUUAACAUUAGAUCUUGUCAGUACAACUCAACUCCUUUUGUCUGAUUGUUUUCUUUUCCCCUCCUCGCAGGAUCCUUAGCUCCUGUUUUUUUGCCUCUUGCCGGAAGAUGCUUCUGAAUAAAGCUGUUUCCCCUGCAAGUGCAGCUUGUUGCUAGAAUUAUAGAGGUGUUUUCGUGAUCAAAUUACUAAAGGAAAAUUAUGCUGAGCCCGGGGAUGGGGGUGGUAGAGAAGGGACAGGCAAACCUGAACCCCAGACCCAGGACUACCCUCACCCUCAUUUUAAACCUAUAAAUCUACAACAUGGUACCCCCACUUCUAAUUACUAUGACUUUUUUCUUCAUCUCUUCAUCUUCAUCUCCACAUUGGAAAUUUAGGCCCGAAUCCAGUUCCUAGAUUCUUCCCAGACACCCUCCCUCUACUUCUUUUUGACUGUCCCAUUUGGAGAUUCCAGACAGGCAAAGGAAUUUCAUCACACAGUGCAUCAUUAAACUAUGGAACUCCUUCCCACAAGAGGCAGUGAUGGCCACCAAUUCUGAUGGCUUAAAAAAAAAAAGAUGAGAUCAUGGAGAACAAGGCUAUCAUGACUACUAGAUAUGUACACCACUGUGUAUCAGUUGCUGGAGGUGACAAGUGGCGAGAAUGCUCUUGUGCUCAGUUCUUGCUUGCUGGCUUCCCACUGGAGCAUCAGGUUGGCCACUGUGUAAACAAGAUGCUGGACUAGAUGAGUCGCUGGCCUGAUGCAGCAGCCAGGCUCUUCUAACAUUUUCUGUUAUUCUAACAUAUUCUGUUAUUCUUUUCAGAAUACUGCAUGACUUUAAACUUCCUAGCCUGGGAUAGUCUGAUCAGAAAGGUGGGUUUAAAAGCUGCAAUAAUAGUGGGAGAAUGGUAGAAACGAAUCCCAGUUCUCUGCAGGGGAGACUGGCCCAUUAGGGUGAAUGGGGCACUGCCCCACCAACAUCAAUCUUCCCUCAGCCACUCCCCACCUAGCUGUCUUCUUUGUUUGCAACCAGUUCAGGGGGUGGCACUUCCUGUCAGCUUUCUCCUCCUCGGUCUGUGUGUUGCUCUUGUAAAACUCAGCUAAGGGAAGAUGGGGAGAAGUAGGAUUAGUUGGCUCUGCUUGUCAUUGGCUCUGGCGCCACCUACUGUUGGGCUCCCUGCCUCCUGCCCUACCAGUCCCAAUGAGCACCAGUCACCACUGGUCCUCUGAUGUCAGAUGAGUUCUAAUUUUCUUUAAAGAAUAGAAAAAAAAGAAGAGUAAGAUAAGAUAGCUAUCACUUUCCACUAACACCUUUGUAGUAAGGUAGCAAGUUAAAAUGCACUGUGGGGUUUGAGUUUCUACUCUGCAUUCAGGAAGUAAAAUAAAUGAAUAAUUGAGCCCUUUCAACCUACAUCCCCAACUCUUUCGGCAUAAAAUGUUUAUUAUUUAUGGUGGUGUUUAUAGACCUACCAAAGCAUUCUUGCUUAGCACUAGAAAGCGCUGGAAGGUAAUUUAUUUUUCUCUUUUUCUAUCUUGCUGGCUUCCUUUCUCUGAUAUAAUACAUAUUUAAUCAUUUUGAUCCAGGUAGGGAAGCAUCCCCCCUUGAAUAUUAAAUCAGCAGUGAACCAUAAAAGUUAUUUUUCCAAGUGCCAAAUUUCUUCUGUAUUUAUUAAGGCAAACCCAGCCUCCAUCCCAGCC